AUGCGAAACACGUUGUCUCUGCUCUUGGGAUGGCUGGUACUUUGCUCGGCAUUGUUGGAGGAGCAGUUGGUAUCCUUUGAUUUCAGCAGCGACUCUGUCCCACUCCACAAUGCUUCAAUACUAUACUCGUCGGAUGACCCUGUCGGUGUUCAGAAUGCAGCCAACAGUCUAGCUGGCGACUUCGAGCAAAUUACCGGUAACCGGCCGUCUGUGAUCAGUCUAGACCCUGUCAAUGUAACAGGUUGUGCUGGAUGCAAGGACUAUGCAAUAAUCGCAGCCACUGUCAAUUCCGCGUUGCUGAAGCAUCUGGUACUGGAAGGCAAGGUUGAUGUGUCUGGAAUCGAAGGCAAGUGGGAAACUUUCCAGACGAGCGUCGUCGAAGACCCAUUGAAUGGUGUCAAGAGAGCUCUGGUUAUUGCGGGAAGCGACAAGCGAGCCGCCGUGUUCGGACUUUACACACUGUCAGAGCAAUGUGGACAAUCACCUUUCCAUUGGUGGGCGGACGUUCCAGCUCAGGAACACAGCGAGAUAUACGCCCUGGCGAAGUCAACCACCCAUGGCGAGCCGAGCGUAAAGUACCGUGGACUGAUGAUCAACGAUGAGGCGCCUGGUUUGACGGGAUGGUGGUCAAAGGUGCACGGAGUCGAUCACCAGCCGCUCGACAGCGAGUUCUACAUGCAUGUGUUCGACAUGUUACUACGACUCAAGGGCAACUUCAUGUGGCCGGCGAUGUGGGAGUCAUCCGUUCCGAGGCCUGGCAACAUCUUCUUUACCGACGACCCCAAGAACAUGCAGCUUGCCGAUGAUUAUGGCAUCGUCAUGUCCACGAGUCACCACGAGCCGAUGCAAAGAGCGACCAACGAGUGGAACGAGACCGAAACAGGCCCCUGGGACUGGACGAAGAACAAAGCAAACGUCACGGCCUUCAUGGAAGAGGGUGUCCAUCGUGCCGCAAAGAACGAGUCGUACUUUACACUCGGGAUGCGUGGAGCUGGCGACGGGCCGAUUCAAGGCGACGACCCUGUUGGAAUACUCAAGGACGUGUUCCAGACGCAGAGACAGAUUUUCAGUGACUACUACGGAAACGCUUCGGCAGCUAACCAGGUCUGGACGAUAUACAAGGAGGUGGCGACAUACUACGCAGCGGGUCUCCUACCACCAGAGGACGUGACUCUUAUGUUCACGGAUGAUAACUGGGGCAACAUACAACGCUUACCAUUAGCGAACGAGUCAGAAAGGUCCGGUGGCAUAGGAAUGUACUAUCAUCUUGAGUACCUUGGCACCCCGAAAGAGUAUAAAUGGCAAAAUACGAACAAUCUGCCCAAGGUGUAUAAAGAGCUCUACCAGGCCUACGAGCGUGGAGCCGAUCGAAUAUGGGUGAUCAACGUCGGCGACAUCAAACCCCUUGAAGUACCUUUCAGCUUCACCAUGCAGCUUGCGUGGAACAUGUCGAGCAUCGACUUCGAUAACAUCCCAGCUUAUUUAGAAGCUUUCGCCACGAGAGAUUUCGACUCAAAGCACGCUGGCGAGAUUGGUUCCAUCAUGAUGGAAAAUAGCCGCCUUGUUGGUAGACGAAAACACGAGUCUACUCAGUCUGACACCUACUCUGUUCUCCACUAUCAUGAGAAUGAGAGAGUCAUAGCGGAAUGGAAGACACUAGCAGACCGAGUAAUGGCGGUCCUGGACACUUUGCCGGAAGAUCGGCAGCCAGCCUACUGGCACCAUGUCCAAUACCCGAUCGUGGCUGGGUAUGUCUACCACGCGACGAUGCUAGGCCUAGGGAAGAACCAGCAGAUCGGGUUCGAGCGAAGGAACUCAGCAAAUGACCUUGCAAGCCAAGUCCUUGCCACCUUUGAUCAGGACUUUGAUCUCUUGGAACAAUACGACAGUAUGCUGGAUGGAAAAUGGGCUGGGAUGCUGGCUCAGCCCCAUUACGACCAGUACGUGCAGUCAUACAACAACGACUGGAAAGAGCCCACCAAGGACGCCAUCACAGGGCUCUGGUACGUCCAACUCAGGCAGAACGCGACGUAUGCCUUUGGAAACCUCGGCAUCUAUGCAGAAAAUUGCGAGAGCGCACAACUUCAAGGACGCAGCCUUCCGUCAGCCGAUGCUUCGGCACCAACAGAUGGCGAUUUUGCUCCUACGCUUCCAAUUAUGGACCCUUACGGAAAGGGGAUCUGGCAAAUUGACCUAUUCCAUAGAGGCGAUUAUCGAGUGCCCAUUGAAUGGGAGGUAGACAUUCCGUUCGAUUGGAUCACGGUCAGUCCGUCAUCUGGAAUCGUAUCAAUGGAGCAGCUGGAGCAACGCCUGAAUAUUUCGGUGGACUGGUCCGCCGUGCCUGCGAAUAUGGACGAAGAGAUCGACAUGCGCAUCAACUUCAACACGCCUCCUUGGUUUGACCUCAUUCGUCUGCCUAUCAUGAAUUACCGUGUCCCAGACGACUUUACGGGGUUCCCAGAGACAUCAGGUCUGAUAUCAAUAGAGUCACCGCAUUGCCAACGCAAGUCCACGGGCAACGUCACUUUCGAACACAUACCUCAGCUCGGCACACGCACCAACUCGGGGUCCUUAGCACUGCGUCCGUACAGCGAAGCGCGGGUUUCGGCUGAAGUAGCACAAGAUGCAUGGGUUGACUACGACAUCUACCUCUUCAACGAGUCAUCAUCGCUCACUGCCACUGUCUAUGUCAACGGAGCUCUGGACACCGAUCCGACUCUGCCGAUGAGCUACUCACUGACACUCGACGGCGACGACACGAACACCAACUGGACUCGUCUGCUUGGCGAUCCCGACACACCGGGAGCCACGCCACCGGGCUGGCAGACCAGCGUGGCGGACCAUGUGUGGAUGAGGAAUGUGACGCUUGGCAAUGUGACCGAGGGAUCGCAUACGCUCAGAUGGAGGACCAACUCGCCUGAGGUCUACUUGGAAAAGAUCGUGUUGGAUACUAGACAGGGGCUCAAGAGUAGUUACCUAGGACCUCCAGAGACCACCUUGAUUAGCUAG